UUGUGUCGCCUAAAAGUGGCGUCAUACACAAGCGCCGACGUUCCCAUCCUGUGAAUGCAGACAUUUGCGGACGUUAUCAACCCACAGCGAAGCGGGCAGCGACUUUGAUUGUGUCCAAAAUGUGUAAAGUGAGAAUUCUGAGAACGUUGGUGAAGCAGCGGCUCGACGUGGCCGUCGAAGAAAUAUUUGAACUGUUUGAGAUGACGAUAGCGGAGUACGAGGAGGAACUUAGUCGAAGCCAAGAGGAGAAAGAGCGACAACGCCAACUCCUGGACGCGCUUCUCAAUCCUCAUGUUCGACUGCAAAGAGCAGAAGUCCAACAAGAGUUAGCGGAGAGUCAAGAGGAAGUUCCCCUUCAUUCUGAGCAGCAGCGGGAGGAGGAUCCGGCACAGCCCGUCCACAUUAAAAAGGAAGAGGAGGACGUUUGGAUCAAUCCCACGCAGGAUGAGGCCGACAUCGGCUCGCCGGCGCUGAACGUCCCCGUCAAGAGUGAAGACGACGAAGUCCCGGCUCAAAGCCGAGCGGAGCCCCAGAGCACCAACUUCCUCGCGCCCUUGUCCGACGUGGACGACGCCACGUCUUCUGACACCGAUAACAGCGACGAUGACAGAAAAGUGACGACGAAAAAGACCUCUGAAGGUGAUAAGACUCAUCACAACAACCAAGAUUUUAAAUGCUUUCAAUGCGGGAAGACGUUCGCUCACAAGGGAAGCUUGAAAAUCCACAUGAUCGCGCACACUGGAGAGCGGCCGUUCGCUUCUUCCUUUUACGCCAAAGGAUUCUACAUGAAGCAUCACAUGCAGAGACACAAACUAUUACAUACGGGGGAGACUCCUUUCUCCUGCUCGGUGUGCUCCAAAAGCUUCUCCGACAAAUACAAACUGAUGAUACACGCGAGGACGCACGCUGCAGUCAAAUCCUUCGCCUGCUUCAUUUGUAAGAAAAGCUUCUCCAGCAAGGAAUCCCUCAAGUUGCACGCCGGAACGCACAUCAGGGAGAAACUGAGUCAGGAAGACCCCGCGGAGGGUAAUGACAACGUUGUCCAUCCGUUCACGUGCUUCGAGUGUGGCAAAACGUUCCUCCAUACGGGGAACUUGAACCGACACAUGCGAAUACACACCGGAGAGAACCCUUUCGGUUGCUCCGUUUGCGGUAAAAGAUUCCGGGAUAAGUCCGAAAUGAUCAAGCACACGGUGGUGCACACGGGGGAGAAACCCUUUUCUUGCUUGGUUUGCACCAUAAGUUUCCGACACAAGACCAGCUUGAUAAAGCACCUGAAGAAACAUUCCGGGGAGAAUCAUUUCACCUGCACGGUUUGUACUAAAACCUGCUCCAGUUUAUCGUCGCUCAUAUUACACUCGAAAGAACACACACCAAGCACCUCGAGUGAAAUCGCGACCGCAGAAGCUUACGCUCAGGAAGUGUGCGACGUGGCUCCGCCAUUGAAUAUGGGUGAGGAAAAGCCCAACACUCCCGAGACGGACACCGGAGAACCCCCGAAGACGUACCCCCAACCGAAAGACGCCGACGCCGAGCGGUUCUGCUGCCCCCAGUGCGGCAAAACAUUCCAGAACAGAGUUUACUUCAUCCGUCACCUGAGAACGCAUGCCGGGAACAGACCCUACAAAUGCUCUCUCUGCCCUAAAGAUUUCUCCAGAAAUUUUGACUUGAAGGUUCACAUCCGGGUGAAGCACACGGGCGAGACGCCCUUCGCCUGUCCCGUCUGCGGCAAAGGGUUCGCCGUCAAAAAGUACAUGACGUUGCACAUGAGGAGACACAGCGGGGAGAAACGCUUCGCCUGCCCGCUGUGUUCCAAACGGUUCGCCGCCAAAGCGGGGAUGGUGAAACACAUGGGGAAGCCCACGUGCAAAAAAACUGCGAUGUGCGCCGUGGACGAAUCGCUGGCGAGGGGAUGUCUGAAAAUCACAAGUGUGCCAGUGACGACAGAUGAAGCGGCGGGACCUUGAGAGACCACGUGGACGUUAAAUACGUCAUUACAAGUGAACAUUUGACACGUUUUUUCAAAACCGUGUACAGUAAUCUCUUUCCAUUACCAUCCUGGCACAAACAACAAAAGUUAAUUGAAACUCCCCUUCCAAAAUGUACAUAGUUUGUGUAAAUGUAAGUAAGAUUAAUUGUUGCAGCCCUACUCCAUACGUUAAAGGUCCACUGUCAUGAAAUGAGAUUUUUAGUGUGUUAUUAAUGGAAAAAAACGCAGCUGGUACGGACCCAGCCGUUUUUUCACCACAAAACAUGAUUUUGACGUAUAUGGCUUUUUGUAACUCCCGCCAUGAAGAUCCUCUCGAGGGAUUUGUUGUCGAGAAGAAGCAGGAAGUGACGUACAGGGCAGUAGCGCACUCAAGCGGUCUUUCUGUUUAUGCCGAGCGUUUACCUGGGGGAAGGUAGCUCGUUGGUCCUUCGUGUUAGCCAAAAUGCCGGCUCGUUGUAUUGCUGGAUAUUGCUCGAACGCUCGGGAGGAUCGAUUUACCCUUCAUAAGUUUGCAAGAGACCCGUUUCGUCGUGAAAAAUGGAUUGCACGGGUGCAAAGGACGAGAGCUUCGUGGGUUCCAAAUGACAGGUAGGUUGUGUACAGCUUUCUUUGUCUCACUGCCGCGAGGGUGGAUCAGGCGGGAAAGUGGUUUAGCCGUGAUCCACAUAUCAUCUAAAUUGGCUCGAAACAAUAGGGUAAUAUUCCCCCGGUCAUUUCCC